UUGUUUGCGGUAUAUCGUUUUACCUCUUGUUAACGUUUCCUUGUUCGGUUGAUGCAAUACAGACAUAUUGCAGUGUUAAAGUAGGUUCCAGAUGUUUUUAAGUGCUGCAGACCAGCUUCAUGGCAACAAAAACAAGGUUUUUAAAAGGUUACUAGAAAGAAAAACUCCUCUCAACGUCUUCACAACUCUAGGAUUUUCCAAGAUAACUGACAUCCCGCCAAAUGCGAAUGUAGCUCCCAACCCAGAAGCUGAUACUUCAAGACACCAGGAAACAGCUGAUGAUUCGCUGUACUCAGAUGAGUCGCUGUACUGUUUGCCUCAAGACAUCCAGAGUGCAGUACAGCAGGUGCUAAGAUCAGGAAGUGACAGUAGUAGUACCAGGACCAGUUCCACCUCCAGUACCAAUCAACAAUCCGGACCUCCUUUAAUUCCAAAACCGCCACCCCCAGUCCCACGACGUUCGUCUUGUACUUCGUCGAGCACUGCAAAUCUAGGACCGCCAAUUAGAAGCCAAUCCAAGGGCUCUCAAAUAAAAGAGAAAGGUGGAUUCUACAGAAACAUGUCGAAGCAUGCAAACAAGAAAGACAAGAAAGACUACGCUGGAACCUCUAAUUUCAGAGCAAGUCCCGCUGUUCAGGAUGCUAUCCUGCUAGUGAAAUUUGGUACAGAUGGUAACAAUGAUGACGUCUACGAAGACAUGGAUGACGGUGCAAGGCCAGAUAUAAAUGUCAAUACAUCGCUGGACAAAGAUUCACUUUUAUAUGAAGAUAUCACAGUGCACAAUUAUACCAAAGAGAGGGUUGAGAAAGAUUUAAAGGAGGAGAUUGAAGUUAAAACGUUGGCUCUUUGCUGGUGGAGUGAGAAACUGAACAAGCUGACGGACACUGCAGAGCAAAGGAUUGAACUGGAUCCAGUGUUUUGUGGAAGAAUGCAGGAAAUGUUAGCUAUCACAGUUCUUUUGUCAGGGGGCACAAUUCUAACUCCCUCUCUGGGAUCUGUUGAGGUGGGAAUUAUAUUCGGCUUGAUCUAUGAUAUCCCAGAAUUAGUUCAAGUUAACACACAGUGGAUAAAAAAUCAUAUAAAGCCGGCCAACUUCUUAGACAUAGUCAAUAUGUACGAUAAGAUAAAAGAUUACGGCUCCUGCUCUGAUGUUAUCCACAUUAUCCGGCAAUUUGUUCGAACAGCUGCUUCGAGUGAAGUAACAGGUAUCAUCUCCAAUUUGAUAAAACACAACCUGGACUGGGUGAAGAUAAUUGGACUGAACUACAUUUCCGUGGAGCUGCUGCGGGCAUCAAGGACAGUCGGGGGUUCUAACAGUAUGUCCAGGAUAAUGUGUGGAGCUGUCGGGAGGGAGCUGAACAAAACCCACCAAGAACUGGAUAGGAGCCCACUCUUCGUUAAACUCAUCUCGCCGGAUUUUAGAGCAAUUUUUGACGAUCUGAUGGAAUCAGUGACAGAAAUGGAGCAAAUGAGGAGUCUCUUCCGAAUGGAGCAGCAGAUAACGCAAAAGAUUAUGACUACUAUGAUGUCAAGUAACUUUGGUUCGAUUGUGGCCAGUAUCAAAGCCACUGUGGAAAAAGACGAUCAGGACGAAGAAGAAUCUGGACUAUUUGAGGACAGGCGGUGGAGGAGAUGUACAGGCAGGGAGCUUCUCCUGGCAUUUCAACAUCAUUUACCAACUGUUCCUGUACAAUACGAUGGUAAUCUGAUAGACUUCGUGGUUGUUGAGAUAAUAAUAGAUUGGAUAAAGUUCAACAAGUUUGACCUGCCUGCAGUGCUUUGCGUUAAUGUGCUGAAAGCUAUACGAAAGCUGGAUAAAUUGAGUGCAAUGUUUGUGGAAGUGGUGGUUGCAGAGACCCAUGCUCUGCUUGGUCCAGAAGCCUUCUCUUACAUAAACUCAUGCUUCAACUCACGCCCAACAACCUACGAGCACGUGACCCAGAAAUUUGUCCUGACUAAGGAUAACCUGGAGCUACUCCUCCUAGGAGAGCACGUGACCCUAAAGAGUAAGUGUACGCUCGGUAUGUGCGGGUACGUGGGAACGCUCAGCGUGGUGACGAUAAAGCUGGAGGAUAGCAGUGUUACUCCUGUGGUGAGGCUGAGCGACUCUGCUGAUAGGUCCCUCUCUCAAUCCAACACAGAACACAUGCACUACGACUUUGUUCACUGGUGUUUUACUAAUUAUGAGCAAUCGCAGCUGCAGGAGAAUGUUCAUCUUAUGUCUGUUAUGACUUCGUCUUAUCAGGAGAUUAAAAAUGGUUUGUCUGCUAUGGACGGGUGCGUUGUCUUAUUCUUUGCUAAGAAUUCCGACAGUGUUACCGUUUGA